AUGGCCAGUGUAUCCUAUCAAAUAGCAAAUCUGCUUGAGAAGAUGACGUCUAACGACAAAGACUUCAGGUUUAUGGCUACAAAUGAUUUGAUGACAGAACUUCAGAAAGAUAGUAUAAAGCUCGACGAUGACUCUGAAAGAAAAGUUGUAAAAAUGUUGCUUCGUUUACUUGAAGACAAAAAUGGAGAAGUUCAAAAUCUAGCCGUAAAAUGUCUUGGACCUCUCGUUAACAAAGUAAAGGAGUUCCAAGUAGAGGGAAUCGUGGAAACUCUUUGUGCAAAUAUGCUGUCAGACACUGAACAGUUAAGAGAUAUAAGCAGCAUUGGCUUAAAAACUGUGAUAUCUGAACUUCCACUGGGCUCAAAUACACUAGCUGCUAAUGUCUGUAAAAAAAUUACUGGAAAACUCAGCAGUGCUAUUGAAAAGCAAGAAGAUGUAUCUGUGCAAUUGGAAGCACUAGAUAUAUUGGCAGAUUUACUAAGCAGAUUUGGAGGUCUAUUGAUAUCUUUCCAUCCAAUGCUAUUAAAUUCUUUACUACCACAACUUUCAUCACCACGUCAGGCUGUCCGCAAGCGCACAAUAGUGGCUUUGUCACAUUUGGUGAUGUCAUGUAAUGCCUCACUUUAUAGUAAACUUAUUGAUCAUUUGCUGGAAGGCCUGAGUUCUUCAACAUCAGCUAGUGUCAGCCGCACUCACAUACAAUGUAUUGCAUCCGUAUGUCGUCAAGCAGGUCAUCGAUUUGGUGAACAACUUUGGCGUGUAGCUCCACAAGUUCUAGAGCAUUCUACUGAUGCUGAUGAGGAAUUACGUGAGCAUUGUCUUCAAGCACUUGAAGCAUUUGUUCUUAAGUGCCCUAAAGAAGUACAACCUCAUAUCCCAACCAUUAUAGAUCUAUGUCUGAAAAUGAUCACUUAUGAUCCGAACUACAACUAUGAAGAUGAGGAAGAAGGUGCGGGAGGUGAAGAUGAAGAGAUGGAAGAUGAAUCAAUUGAACCUGAUGCAGAAGCAGAAUCUGACUCUGAAGAAUACUCUGAUGAUGAUGACAUGUCUUGGAAAGUACGACGUGCUGCAGCCAAGUGCUUAGAAUCUGUUAUAGCAACAAGACAUGAGCUUUUGGCACAAAUGUAUGAAACUGUUUCACCUGCAUUGAUUGCAAGAUUCAAAGAACGCGAGGAAAACGUUAAAUGCGAUAUUUUAAGUGCUUACACAGCCCUCCUGAGGGCCACUCGUCCGCCGCCGGCAUUACAAAUGCCCAUUGCCCCAUCUGAUGACUCUCCUCAGGCUUUACUUUUACAAAGGGUGUCGGGCGUGGUGCGCGGCGCGCUGCGCGUGAUCCGCGGGCGCAGCGUGCGCGCGCGCGGCUGUGCGCUGGCGCUGCUGCGCGAGCUGCUGGCCGCCGCGCCCGGCUGCCUCGCCGACCACGCCGCGCGCGUCAUACGCGCACUCACGCCUGCGCUCACGGAUAAAAGUACCUCAUCGUCCAUGAAGAUCGAAACUUUAGUUUUCAUAGUAUGCCUUGUCCGUGGACACCCAGUUGAGACCAUGCGGCCCCACGUGGCCGCUCUGAUGCCCGCCGUCCUGGCCAGCGUUCAUGAUCCGUUCUAUAAGGUCACUGCUGAAGCGCUCAGAGUUCUACAGACACUGGUGAAAGUCAUGCGUCCUUUGGAUCAUGUAGAGAACAUAGGCGAGGAGGAGGUCGAAAUCGAGCCGCCGCCGCCAGAGCUGCAGCAGUUCAUCCCAGCCAUGUACGAGUGCACGUUGGUGCGGCUGCGUGCCACCGACAUGGACCAGGAAGUAAAGGAGCGCGCCAUUGCCGCCUGCGGUCAGCUGCUCUGCCACUUCGGGGACUACUUGCAGAAUGAACUUGCUAUCUGCUUACCAAUUUUGCUUGAACGACUACGCAAUGAGAUAACUCGCCUUACUACUGUAAAAGCCCUGACCAAAGUGGCAUCUUCUCCACUCCGAAUUGAUCUUAGGCCUAUUUUGUCUGAUGUAGUACCUAUAUUAGGCUCAUUUCUAAGAAAGAAUCAGAGGGCACUUAAGUUGUCAACAUUGGUGCUGCUAGACACUCUAGUUCAAAAUUACAGCAAUGAUAUUAGCAUAGAGCUUCUAAGCAAGGUGCUGGUGGAGGUGCCGGCGCUGGUGUGCGAGUCGGACCUGCACUGCGCGCAGACGGCGCUCACGCUGGUGCGCGGCGCCUGCCUGCGCUGCCCCGCCGCGCUCACGCCCGACGCGCGCCAAGCGCUCACGCCCAACAUCCUCGCGCUCGCCAAGUCGCCGCUGCUGCAAGGCGGCGCGCUGAAGGCGAUGCUGGGCGUGCUGAGCGCGCUGGUGGCGGCCGACGUGGCGGGCUGCUCGCGCCGCGAGCUGCUGGCGCUGCUGGUGGCGCCCGUGCAGCGCGUGCACGACCACAACGCCUCCGCGCACCACAUUAAACAGGCAUUCCACUCGCUGGCGAAGUGCGUGGCGGCCGUGGUGGUGUCGGGCGGCGCGGACGCGCUGGACGUGGUGCGCGGCUUCCUGCGCGACGCCGCGCACCCGCCCUCCGACGCGCACCACAUGUUCGCGCUGCUCGCCGUCGCCGAGAUCGGCCGCCGCCUAGACCUAAGCUCAAUACCGAAUCUAAAAGAGGUGCUAUUGAACUCAUUUACACCUUCGUCGGAGGAGGUGAAGUCUGCUGCUAGCUAUGCCUUGGGAUCCGUGGCCGUUGGCAACCUGCCUGAGUUUCUGCCUUUCAUACUUGGAGAGAUAGAGGCACAACCCAAACGACAAUAUCUGUUGUUGCACUCUCUAAGAGAGAUAAUAUCUUGUGAAUCUUGCACACCAGAAGGUAUUGAAGCCUUAAGGCCGUUUAUUCCAGAAAUUUGGGUUCAACUAUCAAAACACUGUCAAUGUGCGGAGGAAGGGUCUCGUAAUGUAGUCGCUGAGUGUUUAGGAAAGUUAUGUCUUCUAGAACCUCAAGAUUUAUUACCACAUUUGAAAGAAUUCCUCAAGUCUCCUGAACCACUCACAAGAACUACUGCUGUAACUGCUGUUAAAUUUACUAUAUCAGACCAGCCACAGGCCAUCGACCCGCUGCUGCGCGCGUGCAUGUCGGAGCUGAUGGUGCCGCUGCGCGACGAGGAGCUGUGCGUGCGCCGCGUGGCGCUCGUCGCCUUCAACUCGGCCGCGCACAACAAGCCCUCGCUGGUGCGCGACCUGCUGCCCGCGCUGCUGCCCACCAUCUACAGCGAGACCAAGGUCAAGAAAGAAUUGAUCAGAGAGGUGGAAAUGGGUCCAUUCAAGCACUCUGUAGACGAUGGACUGGACCUGAGGAAGGCGGCGUUUGAGUGUAUGUACACGUUGCUGGGCACGUGCUUGGACCGGCUUGACGUGUUCGAAUUCUUGCGGCACGUGGAGGACGGCCUGCGGGAUCACUACGACAUAAAGAUGCUCACCUACCUCAUGUGUGCGAGACUGGCGCAGCUCUGCCCCACUGUCGUGCUACAGAGAUUAGAAAGUCUAGUGGAGCCGCUGAGAGCGACCUGCACGAUGAAAGUGAAGGCGAACUCCGUAAAGCAGGAGUACGAGAAGCAAGACGAGCUUAAGCGUUCCGCGCUGCGAGCAGCCGCCGCCCUUUUACAAAUCCCUGAAGCUGAUAAGAAUCCACAUUUGAUGGACUUCGUUACGCAAAUUAAGUCCCUACCAGAACUGCAGCCAAUAUUCGAAUCUAUUUUAAAGGACUCGUCAGGCGGCUCCGUCGAUACAAACCUCAUGGAUCAGAGUUAG